CGACCUCGAGGCCGAUCACGGGGAAACGCAUCGGGUCCGGCCCGAAGCCCACAUUGCGAGCUCUUCCCCCAGCCCACCCGGUCCUUCUCCCCUUGAAACGAUACUCCGCCGCCCGUCAUCCCCUGCUCCUCCCUACCCGCCAUGUCGUCGCCGAAUUCGUCCUCCCAGGGCACCGGGAAACGCAAACGCAACAACUCGGCCGCCACAAUAGAGAUGGAUCAAACCCAGAUCAUCCAGACCGAGUCUCGAGACGCUUCGGGUGAGGAGGGCGACACCACUGCCGCCGAGUCCACCCGGUCCGUGGGCGCCCACCGGAAGACCGACUCAACCUCGACCGCCCACCCGCCGAGCAAGCGCCAGCGCGCGAACUCGGAUCAGCCCGCCGCCAGCGCGCUAGACCGCGUUCAAACCACAGAUCCAGGCGAGCCCAGCGAUACCACUGAGGCCAGCGUCGAUAUCGCCGAGAGAGUCUCGCGCAAGGGGAGCCGGCGGUCUGCGCCGAGCAAGGGCGAGAGCAGCGCCAAUGGCAGCGGACUGGUGACCAACAAGACCUCGCCCGCGAUGCCGCCGCCUCCGAUCGGCAAACUCACACACCCGGCUGGGUACAAGACCAAUCCGCCUCCGACGGGCAGGCCGGUCAGGGUGUAUGCGGACGGCGUGUUCGACCUGUUUCAUCUUGGGCACAUGCGCCAGCUCGAACAGGCGAAGAAGGCGUUCCCGGAGGUGUAUCUGAUCGUGGGCGUGACCGGCGAUGAGGAGACACACAAGCGGAAAGGCCUCACGGUGCUCUCAGGCAAAGAGCGGGCGGAAACGGUUCGACACUGCAGAUGGGUUGACGAGGUCAUCGAGAACUGCCCCUGGAUCGUGACGCCCGAGUUCCUCGAACAACACCAGAUCGACUACGUCGCCCACGACGACAUCCCCUAUGGUGCCGAGGAAGGCGAUGACAUCUACGCGCCUAUCAAGGCGGCAGGCAAGUUCCUAGUCACGCAGCGGACGGAGGGCGUGAGCACCACGAGCAUCAUUACGAAGAUUGUCCGUGACUACGAGAAGUACAUCGCACGCCAGCUGAAGCGCGGCACCUCCCGCCAGGAACUCAACAUCAGCUGGCUCAAGAAGAACGAACUGGAACUCAAGCGCCACGUCCAGGAUCUGCGCGACAACAUCCGCACCAACUGGGCCACCACCGGCCAGGAGCUCAGCCGCGAGCUCCGCCACUUCUGGCCCAGCAGCCGGCCGCAGAGCCCCGCGCGGACUUCCGCCGGGUUCUGGAAUAACAACCACAGCAGCAACGGCGAGCCGGCCCCGAGCAGCCCGCUCGGCCCCACCCAAGCGGCGGCCGGCGCGGCCGGGUUUCCUUUCCCGAGGAGUCCCACCGCCACGAGCACGGCUGGGGAGAGGGCGACGAACAAUGUCAAUGAUUUCAUCACCGGGUACACGCUGGGGUUGAUCGGCGGCGUUCGGUCCUGGGUACGUCCUCCCCCCCUCUCUGCGUAGCUUUUUUU